UCUGUCCGCCAUGGGGAAGGUGAAUGUGGCCAAGCUCCGAUACUUGAGCCGAGAUGACUUCAGGGUCUUGACCGCGGUAAGAGGCCCACCUUUCUCCUCUCCUGUAUUCGAACCCACCGUUGAAAUGGGCAUGAAGAACCAUGAAAUAGUUCCCUGCAGUUUGAUUGCUUCUAUAGCCAGCCUGAAACAUGGUGGCUGUAAUAAAGUUUUAAGAGAAUUAGUGAAACACAAAUUGAUAGCUUGGGAGCGUACCAAAACUGUCCAGGGCUAUCGGUUGACAAAUGCAGGCUACGAUUACCUAGCUUUGAAAACACUUUCUUCUAGACAGGUAGUUGCGUCUGUUGGAAAUCAGAUGGGUGUUGGCAAAGAAUCAGAUAUUUACAUUGUUGCAAAUGAAGAAGGACAGCAGUUUGCAUUGAAACUUCACAGACUAGGGAGAACCUCCUUUCGAAAUCUGAAAAACAAGCGUGAUUACCAUAAACACAGGCAUAACAUGUCUUGGCUUUAUUUAUCUCGUCUCUCUGCCAUGAAGGAAUUUGCAUAUAUGAAGGCAUUGUAUGAGAGGAAAUUUCCAGUUCCAAAGCCAGUUGAUUACAAUCGCCAUGCAGUGGUCAUGGAGCUCAUGAAUGGUUAUCCUCUAUGUCAGAUACACCAUGUUGAAGAUCCUGCAUCAGUAUAUGAUGAAGCUAUGGAACUAAUUGUCAAACUCGCAAAUCAUGGUCUGAUUCAUGGAGAUUUCAAUGAAUUCAAUCUGAUACUGGAUAAAGAUGACCAUAUCACUAUGAUUGAUUUUCCACAAAUGGUUUCAACUUCCCAUCCCAAUGCUGAAUGGUAUUUUGACAGGGAUGUUAAAUGCAUUAGGGAUUUCUUCAUGAAACGUUUUGGCUAUGAAAGUGAAGUUUAUCCAACCUUUAGUGAUAUCAGGAGGGAAGAUUCUCUUGAUGUUGAGGUUUCUGCCAGUGGUUACACAAAGGAAAUGCAGGCAGAUGAUGAACUGCUACAUCCAGUAGGUCCAGAUGAUAAUAAUAUUGAGAUGGAAGAGGAAUCUGAUUUCUCAUUCUCUGAUGAUGAGGUUUCAGAAAAAGCAAAGUUUCGUAGGUCAAGAAUGGAAAGUGAACAGAACCCUGAAGAUGAAUCAGGCAGCUACUGUUGCAACUCAUCUGGAGACCUCAAACAAAUAAAGGAAGAAAAUUUAUCCAUGGAAAGUGCUGAUGCACACAGUUUUGAAAUGACUGAAUUCAAUGAAGCUUUAGAGGAAAUAAAAGGACAGAUUGUUGGGAACAAUUCUGUGAGUGGGUUUUCUGAGAACAGAACUGAAAAUGACACCAUACAAGAUGAUCAGACAGAUCAAAAAGGAAUCCCUGCUGGCUCAGAAGAGUAUGAAGAUGAAUGCCCUCAUCUGAUUGCCUUGUCAUCAUUAAACAAAGAAUUCGGGCCUUUCAGGGAUGAAGAAAAUACAAGAAGUAUUCAUCAGUACAGAACAAGAACUCUGAGUGUUACUUCUGCAGGUAGUGUUGUAAGCUGUUCAACAAUUCCUCCAGAAGUGGUGAAACAGAAAGUGAAACGUCAGCUAACAAAACAGCAAAAAUCUGCUGUCAGACGUCGACUACAGAAAGGAGAAGCAAAUAUAUUUACCAAGCAACGAAGAGAAAACAUGCAAAAUAUUAAGUCAAGUUUGGAAGCAGCCAGCUUUUGGGGAGAAUAAUGUGGUUUAAGAUCUUGGAUAUUUCUAAUAUAUAUUUUCUAAGUUACUAUAACCCUAUUUUCACCUUUGGUCUUUGAAGGCCAGUAUAUUAAAUAGAUAAAUAAACCUUUCAUUUAUAAAUUUGACUCAUUCUCAAUAUGUCUUCCAGAGAAUAAAUACAGUAAUUCUGCUGUG